UCGUUAUUGUUUAUAGCUAGAACGAAACAGAAGAUACCAACAAAAACAACAAAAGAGCUUUGGGUUGGGUUGGGUUGGGUUGAGUUGAGUUUGAUAAGGUCGUCUGUUGCACCACCAGCAAUCUUCUUCUUUCUCUUCCUUUCUCCGCACUUGGCGUGAAAGAGGCAUCAAUGGGGUCCAUAAUUCGAGAAUGGGUCGGGUUCCAGCAGUUCCCUUCUGCCACGCAAAGCAAUCUGGUGGAAUUAUUUGGCAAAUUGAAGGAAGAGGGAGUGAGUACUUUGACCAUUCUUGUUUUGGGCAAAGGUGGAGUUGGUAAAUCUUCCACUGUCAAUUCUCUCAUUGGGGAGAGAGUGGUUAAUGUCAAUUCUUUCUCGGCGGAAGUGUCAAGACCUGUAAUGGUUUCACGGAAUCGAGCUGGAUUCACAUUAAACAUCAUAGACACUCCAGGCCUUGUGGAGGGUGGCUAUGUCAGUUACCAAGCUUUGGAGUUGAUUAAACGGUUUCUUUUGAACAAGACUAUUGAUGUUUUGCUCUAUGUUGACCGCUUGGAUGCAUAUAGAGUGGAUGACUUGGACAAGCAGAUAGUAACUGCUAUCUCUGAUAGUUUUGGAAAAGAAAUUUGGCGUAAAAGUUUGCUUGUGCUCACUCAUGCACAGCUCUGCCCACCAGAUGAUCUCAUUUAUGAUGAUUUUUCAGCUAGAAGAUCAGAGUCUGUCUUAAAGACUAUUCGUGCAGGAUCACGAAUGAGGAAACGAGAUUUUGAGGAUUCUGCCAUUCCAGUUGGUUUGGUUGAGAACAGUGGAAGAUGCAAGAAAAAUGAGACUGAUGAAAAGAUUCUCCCAAAUGGCACGGCUUGGAUUCCAAGCUUGGUAAAAGAGAUAAUUGGAGUUGCUACAAAUGGGAAUAAAUCCAUUACUGUUGACAAGAAGUUGAUAGAUGGGUCUGAGUCAAAUGACAGGGGCAAGGUGUUGAUCCCUGUCAUUCUUGGGGUUCAGUGGCUUCUUGUCAAAUGGAUUCAAAGUGCAAUUAAAGAUGAUAUUGCUAGGGGGGGCAGGGGUUUGUGAGUUCUGGUCACUUCUGGUGAAGUACUUGUUCUUGAAAGGCUCUUUGAUGCUCCCUCCCUCCCUCCCUUCCCCAUCACUCUCUAUGCUUACUGCUCAAUUUUCUUUUAAUCUUUACCUUCUGAAAAUUUUAUCCAUCCUACCUGCGUGUCUAUGUUUUGCGAUGUUAGUAACGGAAAACUAGGAAAAACAGGUUCUUGUCUUUCAAUGAGUGUAUUUUUGUCUCGAAGUUUUAUCUAAUUCUGUUCAAUAUUUUUAUUUUUAA